UCAAUGAACCUUUCGAAAUCAUGCUGAGAAAAUAAUCUGCAAAAUAAAGGGAAAAUCAUCAGCGUUUAAAUUAAUUUGCAAAGAUGGCGGCAGUUGCAUCAAUGAACCGCCGUCGAGUGGAAACUCCAAGCAUGAACGGAGAUGCUGAGGCGGAUUACGUAUUGGCCGAGCAGGAGCUGGGUAAACUGCACCGGGAAUAUCGCAUCCUCAAGGGCCAAAAAAGGUCAUAUCUUGAGGAGUCGCAAAACAUCAUCCGGAAACAAAAUGGUCACAUCAAAUCAUUAAAGGAUGAACGAUCAGAAAUGGACAAAAUAUUUUUUUUCUUCUUCUUUGUCAUGUACAAAAGUGGUCACAUCAAAUCAUUAAAGGAUGAACGAUCAGAAAUGGACAUGGACCUACGUCUCGCUACCAGCACUAAAGUGUGUGGCAAGGAUGGUAUUGACGAAGGGCUCAUGAAGACACUGUUACAGAACUACAUCGAGUAUAAAACGCUCUGUCUCAGUGAGAAGGAAGAGAUUCGUAUGUUAGAUAAACAGGCACGGAUCUUUGAAGGAGCCCAGAGGAAGUACCAUAUGGAGACUAAAGGCCGAUCUGAGAUGAUUCGUUACCAGCUUAAUGCUCCCAAGCGAACCAGAGUUAUGGAAAACAGACUCUACCGGUCCACAGUUACCUUCAACAAGGCGCUCCGUAAGAACAGCGAUCUACGAGACAGGAUCGAGGAGCUGAAACGGGAAGGGAGGUCCUACGACGGUCUCUACCGGAAGAUGUGCUCUGAACAGAGUGACCUCAAGGUCGAGAUGAAUGACAUCAUCCAGCAAUCUACCUCGGCAUACGAUUCAGGAGACGAAGCUCAAAACAAAAUGGAUGCUCUCCGUGAGAGGAACGAAAAGGAACAGAAUAUAUUCAACGUCGAGAUCAAAUCUCUUCAGAGAAUUGUGGAUCAUGAGAAGAAGCUGAAAGCGUUCAAGAACGUCAAGGCCCAGGAUAGGGCUGAACAUCUCAAGGCUACGAAUAAAGAGCUUCAAAGAAGAAAACAGACGCAUGGGCAUGUUGACCCAGACGAGGCGAAUAUAUGCACCCUGGAGCUGUCUUUUAUUCGGCUCCGAGCGGCUACGGGCGAAGCAGACCUCGACAAACUCGUCCGUCAAUUCAUCUACCGAGAGGGACUCAAUUUCGCUCUCUUCAAUUACAUCAACGAAGUCAACGACGACAUCGAGCUUCUUCAAGAGCAGAUCAAGAACACCGAGAAUUUUAGGAAGAAAUUUAAGAGCCACGGUAUGACGUUGGUGGGAGAAAGGCUCAACAUGGUGAAGCGAUUGGAGGAGAAGGCUAAUUCUGUCACCAAGACGGCUAACGGUCUGGAAGGGAACGUCAAGAAAGUUCGUAAGCGCCUUCACCACCUGAUGUCUGCAGUUGCGAGCAUUGUCCGAAAACUGGGCUGCGACCAAUCGCAAGUCGCCAGUCGGCUAGGAAGCCGAGACGGCAUAACAGCGUUCGAUGCCAUGGCCUAUCUGGGUCUGAUUGAACAGACUAUGAAUCAUUUGCUGCUAAUCGAAAAAUGCAGAGAACAUAAGGCAUGUUGA